AUGUCGACCACCGUCGAAACGCUGCUCGCGCAGCAUCGCGUUGAGAAAAAGAACCUCCAGAACCAGAUCACGGGAAUGAAGAAACAAGCUACCAAGUCUAAGCGUAAACAGGUGAACGCCCGCUGCCAGGAGCUCGAGGACGAGCUCCUGCGCAGGCAGGAACAGGAGAUCCGGGAGCUCAAGACACAACUAGGCGUGAUCUCGGACGAGGAUGAGGAUGAACUGACACCUGAGAAGUUGCUGGCGCAGCUUGCGCUGGAAACGGAAGAAGGAGUUGUUCAAGAGUCACAGCAGCAGCAGCAGCAACAGCUGCUGCCGCCGCCGGGCAAAAAACGUAAUCGCCAAAAGGACCGGCUGUCAAGACGACAGGCCGAACAGGAUCGGAUCCGAGCCGAAGCAGAACUGGAAGCCGCACAACAACCAGAUCUCAAACAAAUCGAGCAAGAAGCCCUCACGCAGCUUUGUUCCCUGGCAAAACUGUCUCCUGUCGAUAUCCAGCCCGAUGGCCACUGCCUAUUCGCUUCCAUCCUGGAUCAAAUGCGACUGCGACACCCUUCAGAUGCAACGUACGCGUUGCCGGCUCCCUGUGCCCACGACUCGAGUCUCGACAACGUUACCGUCUACACGCUACGACGUUGGGCCGCACAGCACGUCAGAGACCAUCGCGAUGACUUCGUUCCGUACCUGUUCGAUGAGCAGACUUGCACGCUGAAAGAUGUCGACGAAUACACCGACACCAUAGAGAACACCGCGCAAUGGGGUGGCGAAGUCGAGAUCCUGGCGCUUGCACAAGUGCUGAAGUGCUCCAUCAGCGUUCUCAUGAGCGGUCGCGCUACGCACAAGGUCAACCAAGAAGGUUCGGUCUACCCGGAACUCAAACUCGUCUACUACAAGCACGGGUACGCACUCGGCGAGCACUACAACUCGCUACACGAUGCAAAAGUUUAG